AUUGUAGUGGCACAGGCUAUCGCUGUCCAGCGGCCAUCGGCCCAUGCCCAGCUUAUGGUGGGCUACCCCCCCAGCUCAAAGGGAAAAACCAUACCACGCCAACUUUCAAUCGUGCUUUCAAUGGAAGAAUAGUGGGGAAUAGGCAGGACUGGAGUCGUGUUGAUUAUCGCGGUUCCGAAUCAUUCUCUCCAUCACGAAGUGACCAAGUUUGAAAUGUAAGGAAAUAGCUCUCCAUUUCAUUCGGGGAAUAUGCGUGUUAUCCUGAAAAAGCUCGGAAGUUACUCUGUUGUAAGCGCCAGGAGGGUAUCGAGAGGAAGGGUGAAGACACUCCUACCGGGGGAAGACGCAAGUGAUGCCACAGACCCAGAAAUCACGAGAGUUUGGGAACGGUUUCCCAAGAUUCUGCGCCGUCGAACGGCUGAUCCGGAACAUAUUUAUCACGUACACAGUGCUGCUGUAGAGCUAUUGGUGAAGAACGUAAACCCAACUUCAGAAGAAGCCCUCAUUUUCGAAGCAAACCCUGGGCCAGGUGUUCUCACGAAAGCUCUCCUAGAAGCUGGCAUACCGCAACUACGUGUCUUUGAGAAAAUCCCUGUAUUCGUUGGACAUCUUGAGCUGCUUAAGGAACAGUACCCAUCACAGCUGGAUAUCGUACGAGAAGAUUUCCUCCGCCUUGCUAGCAUUUCUGCGAGUGACGAAUAUGGAGUUACUGAAAGGACGAGCCAGCUUCUCAGAGGUGUCCCUCAUUUACCCUGGAAGAAUGAACCAGUGGUGAGGGUAGUUGGAACAUUGUCCCGCAAGAAAGAAGUCACUUUCCUGCGCUUUCUUCUGCACGUUUUGCCUCAGCGAGCAUCCAUUUUUGCAGUAGGGCGAAUUGACUUCCUCCUCUUCAUUUCCGGGCUGGAAUACACGUACAUAACAUCAACCAAUAAAGACUUGAGGAGAUAUCGUGGCAUCAGCGUCCUCUACAAGUUGUUUUUCGACAUUCAAGUCAUAGACAAAGUGCCUCGACGUUUAUUUCUUCCUCUUCCUCCAAAGUGGAAACCAAAACCAAACAAUGUGGCAGUUGACCAUGACAACUUGUUUCUUGUCCGGCUGACUCCACGAAGCGAUUUGUUCGAGCUUCUCACUCCUCCGGAGCGUCUGCUAGAGCUGGUCUUCUUUAUUAGGCAGAAUAUGGUCAAGCGCACCGCAUAUGUCAUACCCACCCUUGAGAAAUGGAUCCCCGGCUGUGGUCCUCGACUGAUACACUGCGGAGUGAAAGUGUUUAGCAGGAUGGGGGAUUUAAGCCCUGACCAGAUGCUGACCCUCUUCCAGCAGUUUUCCGCGCUGAGCGAAUAUCAGGACUCGCCAUUCAUCGCUGCCGUAACUCGGGAAAUGCGGGAGGAAGAUCCAUCGUACCCAGAGUUAUAAGAGUUUCUCACGAGUUGAUCUGUGAGAGAAUGGUUUUCAUAAAUUGCAUUGUGCCACGCAGAAAUAUAAUCAUUGAAGAGAUAGA